UGGUGGCUUUCUUGAAGUGGCUCAGUGGUGCAUCCAGCUCCACAGUUUCUGCUCCCUCCAGCUAUGACUCACAGAGUUCUUCUGUUAACAGCCUUGGCCUUAUUAUGUCAUGGGUUCAACCUGGAUACUAAGCAUGCAACGCUAUUCCAAGAGAAUGCAGCGGGCUUCGGGCAAAGUGUGGUCCAGCUUGAGGGAUCCCGGUUGGUGGUUGGAGCCCCCCAGGAGAUAAAGGCUGCCAACCAAACAGGUGGCCUCUACCAGUGUGACUACAGCAUGGGCAAGUGUGAGCCUAUCUCCCUGGAGGUCCCCCUGGAGGCGGUGAACAUGUCUCUGGGCCUGUCUCUAGCAUUUGCCACCAACCCUUUUCGACUGCUGGCCUGUGGUCCCACUGUGCACCAAACUUGUAAGGAGAACACCUAUGUGAAUGGCUUAUGCUUCCUGUUUGGAUCCAACCUACGGCAGCAGCCCCAGAGAUUCCCAGAGAGCCUCAGAGAGUGCCCUCGGCAAGACAGUGAUAUUGCCUUCUUGAUUGAUGGUUCUGGUAGCAUCAUCCAGAGCGACUUUCAGAAGAUGAAGGAUUUUGUCUCAACUGUGAUGGGUCAAUUCAAGAAAUCCAAAACCUUGUUUUCUUUAAUGCAGUACUCUGAAGACUUCCAGACUCAUUUCACCUUUAAUGAAUUCAAGAAAAACCCUAACCCAUCAUUGCUGGUGAGGCCAAUAAAACAGUUGCGUGGGCGGACACACACUGCCACAGGAAUCCGCAAAGUAGUAAGAGAAUUGUUUCAGAGCAGUAGUGGAGCGCGGGAGAAAGCCUUUAAGAUCCUAGUAGUCAUCACGGAUGGAGAAAAGUUUGGCGAUCCCUUGGAGUACAAGGAUGUCAUUCCUGAAGCAGACAAAGAGGGGAUCAUUCGCUAUGUCAUUGGGGUGGGAGCUGCUUUCAACAGUCCCAAAACUCGUGAAGAGCUUAAUACCAUUGCAUCAAAGCCUCCUCGUGAUUAUGUGUUCCGGGUGAAUAACUUUGAAGCUCUGAAGACCAUUCAAAACCAGCUUCAGGAAAAGAUCUUUGCAAUUGAGGGUACUCAGACAGGAAGUACCAGCUCCUUUGAACAUGAGAUGUCUCAGGAAGGCUUCAGUGCUGCCAUCACCUCUAAUAAUCUCUUGCUAGGUGCUGUGGGAAGCUUUGACUGGGCUGGUGGAGCUUUUCUGUAUGUGUCAAAGGACAAAUUCACCUUCAUCAACACAACCAGGGUAGAUUCAGACAUGAAUGAUGCUUACUUGGGUUAUGCUGCCGAAGUCAUAUGGAGGAGCAGGGUGCAAAAUCUGGUUCUUGGGGCACCUCGAUAUCAGCACACUGGCCUGGUGGUGAUGUUUAGAGAGAAUGCUGGUACCUGGGAGACCAACACUGUUAUCAAGGGUAGCCAGAUUGGCUCCUACUUUGGGGCCUCCCUCUGCUCUGUGGACAUGGACAAAGAUGGCAGCUCUGACCUGGUCCUUAUUGGGGCCCCCCAUUACUAUGAGCCGACAAGGGGGGGCCAGGUGUCUGUGUGCCCCUUGCCUCGGGGGCAGAGGGCUAGAUGGCAGUGUGAGACUGUUCUCCAUGGGGUUCAGGGCCACCCUUGGGGCCGUUUUGGGGCAGCCCUGACAGCGCUGGGAGAUGUGAAUGGAGACAAGCUGACAGAUGUGGCCAUUGGGGCCCCAGGAGAGCAGGAGAACCGGGGUGCUGUUUACCUAUUUCAUGGAACCUCAAGACCGGGCAUUAGCCCUUCCCACAGCCAGCGGAUUGAAGGCUCCCAGCUCUCCCCCACACUACAAUAUUUUGGUCAGUCACUGAGUGGGGGCCAGGACCUCACAAUGGAUGGACUGGUGGACCUGGCUAUCGGAGCCCAAGGCCAUGCACUGCUGCUUAGAUCCCAGCCUGUGCUGAGACUUGAGGUGACCAUGGAGUUCACACCCAAAGAAGUGGCAAGGAAUGUGUUUGAAUGUCGUGCAAAGGUGGUGAAAGGUCAGACUGCUGGGGAGGUUAGAGUUUGCCUUCGUGUCCGCAAGAAUACACGGGACAGGCUAAGAGAAGGAGAGAUUCAGAGCAACAUCACAUAUGACUUGGCUCUGGAGCCAACUCUCCCACAUCCCCGAGUUGUCUUUGAUGAGACAAAGAACAGCACACGCAGACAGACAAGAAUCUUGAGGCUGAAUCAAGAAUGUGAGACCCUAAAGCUACUGUUACCGUAUUGUGUAGAGGAUUCAGUGAACCCCAUCAUCCUGCACUUCAACUUCUCUCUGGUGGGGAAACCCUUGUCCUUAUUCGGGAACCUCCAGCCAGUGCUGGCUGUGGAUGCUCAGAGACUCUUCACAGCUUCGUUUCCUUUUGAGCAGAAUUGUGGCAGUGACAACAUUUGCCAUGAUGACCUCAGCAUCACCUUCACUUUUAUGGGUCUGGAUACCCUGGUGGUGGGUGGUCCCCGAGACCUGAAUGUGACAUUGACUGUGAGAAACCAGGGAGAGGACUCCUACAGGACUCAAGUUACCUUCUUCUACCCACCUGGCCUGUCCUAUAGGAGGAUGUCAGUGACUCAGAAGCAGCGCUCACAGCGACCAUGGCGCCUGACUUGUGAGUCUGAAGACUCCACCAAUGGGCCCGAGGCUUUGAAGAAUAGCAGCUGCAACAUAAGCCACCCCAUCUUCCCAAACUACUCAGAGAUCACCUUUAAUAUCACAUUUGGUGUGGAAUCUGAUGCUUUCUUUGGAAACAGACUACUACUCAAGGCCAAUGUGACCAGUGAGAACAACACAACUAAGACCAACAAAACUGAAUUCCAACUGGAGUUGCCUGUGAAAUACACUGUCUUCGUGGUGGUCACCAGCCAUGAAGUCUCCACCAAAUACCUCAGCUUCAUAGCCUCAGAGAAGACCAGCCACAGUAUAAAGCACCAGUAUGAGGUCAACAACUUGGGACAGAGGAGCCUCCCCAUCAUUGUGGUCCUCUGGGUGCCUAUCAAGCUGAACCAGGUGGCUGUGUGGGACAACCUCCAAGUCACCUUUUCCCAGAACCUCUCCAGAACAUGCAACACCACGGAGAAUUCUCCCCCUCUCUCUGACUUCAUGGCAGAGCUUAAGAGGGCCCCAGUGGUGAACUGCUCCAUUGCUGUCUGCCAGAGAAUCCAGUGUGACAUCCCAUCCUUCAGCAUCCAGGAAAAAGUCAACAUUACCCUCCAAGGCAAACUCUCAUUUGACUGGUAUAUCAAGACUUCAGCAAACUACCUUCAGGUUGUGACCACGGCAGAGGUCUUGUAUGAUGAUUCGAAGUUUGCCCUGCUUCCAGGACAGGAGGCAUUUCUGAGGGCCCAGAUAGAAACCAAAGUGGAGCCAAAUGAAGUGCACAACCCUGUACCACUUAUAGUGGGCAGCUCAGUGGGGGGGCUGGUGCUUCUGGCCCUCAUCACCGCUGGACUGUACAAGCUUGGCUUCUUCAAACGGCAGUACAAGGACAUGAUGAGUGAAGCUGGUCCCAAUGCCCAGCCCCAGUAACAGCUCCUUCCCCAUUGAGUGGCCUCUCCUGCAGCAAGUAGGAUUGUGGUUAGACCAGCAUGCAGGUCCCCAGGCUGUUGGGCAGACUCCGCUAUUAGGAGAGUGGGGUGGUAACAUCUCAGUCGAAAAAGAACUGCUUGGGUUUCCAUUCAUGUGUGUGUGUGUUUGUGCAAGUGUGUGUGAAAGCAUGUGCAUGAGUUGUGUGUGUGACUCAGAUGUCUUUUGCAUGGGGAUGAGUGCUGUCAGUACAACCUCUCAGGCAGAAGAGAAUUGCUUAGGCUUCUUUGUGUGUGGGUGAAGGUGCCAUUGGGCCUUCCUCUUGACAGAAGUGAUGGCAGAUUUUGUGGGUGAAGAUAAAGGGAAAUGUAACAGAUCUUGUUCCUGCUGAAGGAAGCAAGACCUUCUUUCAUGGGUGAGGACACAUAUCUGCAGGAUGCUUUGCAGCUGGAUCAAGACCACAUGGAGGAGCUGUGAUGGAGCCAGGAUCUGAUUAGCCACCAGGAGCCUGUCCACUCAUUCCAUUCCAUACUAGAGCUACAUAAGGUCCAAUGAGCAAUGGUGCACCUCCUUUUAUGUAUGCAUUUACUUAUUAUUUUAAUAUUACUUUUAUUUUUUGGAAGGGUAAACCCAUCGACAGAACAAAAAUCAAAAGUUGUCCAAGCAUGAAUGAUGAAAAUUUUCCCUUCCAUCCUGGUCCCUCUAGCCAUUCAAGUCCUUCCUAAGGGGUUAUAAGGUUAUGUGUUUUGGGGUCUUCUUCACAAAGAUUUUAAGCAUAUGCAAACACACACACAUAAGCUUUUUUACACAAAUGGUAAUAGGUGUUAUUUAUACUGUUUUGCAUCUUGCUUUAUUUAUCAAUAUGGCUUAGAUGUUUUAUAUCAAGACAAAGUAUUUUUUUUCAUUCUUUUUUACAGCUGUGUAGUAUCCCAUUGUAUGGAAAGAUCAUGAUGUAUUUAACCAGUUUCUUUUCGGUAUAUUAUUUCCAACCUCUCGCAACUACAAACAAUGAUGAAUUAAUAAAUUGAAUAUAUGUAA